UGCAGGAACCGCAUCCGCCAAUAUCCAGCACUGGUCAACUGCACCACCAUAGACUGGUUCUCCGAGUGGCCGCAGGAAGCUCUGCUGGAGGUGGCCAAAAGAUAUCUGGAAGGGGUGGAGCUAGGAAACAUGGAGGGGAUCAACGGAAAGGUGGCCAGGAUCUUUGUCACCAUGCACCGCUCGGUAGCGGAGUACUCCCACAAGAUGAAGAUGGAGCUGAGGAGACAUAACUACAUCACCCCCACCAGUUACCUGGAAGUCGUGUCCCGGUACAAGAGCCUCCUGAACGAGAAGCGGACAGAGUUGGGAGAGAAGGCCACCAAGCUGCGGAAUGGACUCUUCAAGAUUGACGAGACUCGGGAGAAGGUGGAGAAGAUGUCUGAAGAGCUGGCCAUCGCCAGGAGCCAAGUGGCCGAGUUUCAGAAGCAGUGCGAGGAGUACCUGGUCAUCAUCGUCCAGCAGAGGAGAGAGGCCGACGAGCAGCAGAAGGCAGUCACAGCCCACAGCGAGAAGAUCGCAGCG